CCGCGCCCCUCGCCUCCCGGCCGCCCCGGACCCGCCGCCACCGCCACCGCGCCUUCCAGGCCGUCGCCGGCCCAGCAGCAGGUGGGCACGCUGCGCAGCAAGGACCCGCUGCUCGACACCCUGUCGAGCGCGUCGACGCUCACCUUGGUCGAGGUGGUUGACGAGCCGACCACCUCGUCGUCACCCACCACGAAGAGGUCGCCCAACGAGAUCGUGGAGAAGGAGUACACGUGGGACAACGGCGACCGCUACUCGGGCCAGUUCAAGGGCCAGUUCCAGCACGGGCGCGGCACCCUGUGGUACGCCUCGGGCAACAAAUACGAGGGCGACUGGAAGGACGGCCUGCGCCACGGCCACGGCGUCUACUCCUUCAAGAACGGCGAUCGCUACGAGGGUGAGUACUUGGACAACAAGAAGCACGGCUAUGGUGUGUUCACCUUCACCACGGGCGAGAAGUACGAGGGCAUGUGGCGUGACGACAAGCAGCACGGCAAGGGCAAGUACACCUACGCCUCGGGCAACGUCUACGACGGCGACUGGCUCAAUGACGAGAAGUCCGGCCUGGGCACCUACAGCUGGAUCAACGGCGAGAGAUUCGAGGGCAGGUGGCGCGCCAACAAGAAGCACGGGCAGGGCAAGCUCUUCUUCGCGGACGGAGAGUCGGCCAUGCAGUGGUACGACGAUGGCAAGCUCAUCAAGCAGGAGGGCGACAGCGAUGAUGACACCGACACCGGCUCCGACUAA